GAGGCUUUCAGUUACUCCGUCCAAUACCACCCAGUGUCUCCAGUGGUGUUAUUCUCAACUGCUAACCAUGUUUCCUCGGGUGAUUUUGAAGGGAACCAUGAUCAAAAAAUCUCAGCAAAAGAAGAGAACGUCACCGUGUAAUUACAAAGAGAGAUUUUUUGUUUUGGACACACAGGAGCUGAAGUAUUCUGAGCGCCGUUCGGGGAAGAAGCCCAUGCUAAAAGGUUGCAUUCAACUGUCCAGUAUUAAGUGUGUGGAAAUUGUGUGUAGUGACAUCCCCAUACCAUGCCAAUACAAGUACCCAUUUCAGGUUCUUCAUGACAACUAUUACCUCUACAUUUUUGCUCCAGACAACGACUGUCGUAUGAGAUGGGUCAAAGCCCUCAAGGAGGAGACUAAAUAUAACAGUUUGGUUGCAAAAUACCACACAAACUUCUGGAUGGAUGGAAAAUGGAGAUGCUGCCUACAAACUGACAAACUGGCAGCAGGUUGUCGUGUGUAUGAUCCAGUGGGUUGUGUCACUAAGAAGCCACUUCCCCAACUCCCAGAUCCAGAGAUGUCAUUACAACCUUCAACACAGGGGAUGGUCAUAGCUUUGCAAGAUUAUGUGCCCAUGGGAGACGACGAUUUGCCCCUCCAGAAAGAUCAGGAGUACCUGUUGAUCAACAGCUCCCACUCUGAGUGGUGGGCUGUGCAGGACGACAAGGGUAAAACUGGUUUUGUGCCCAGUACGUACGUUGCGGAAAAAUGUGGCAAAAACUUUGAGAGAUUUCAAUGGUACAACAAGCACAUUAACAGAGCCGAGGCAGAAGACUUGUUAAUGAAAAAGGGAAAAGAAGGUGCAUUCAUGGUGCGGGACUCAAGACAAGCAGGAGUCUACACGGUGUCCGUUUACACCAAAGCGCCCGGAUCAAAAGGUGAAAAGAAUCCCAGGGUGAAACAUUAUCAGAUAAGGCAGGAGGAAGGAGGACAGUUCUACUUGGCUGAAAAGUAUCUGUUCAACACCAUUCCUGAGCUCAUCCACUAUCACCAACACAAUGCUGCUGGUCUGAUAACACGGCUGAGAUACCCCGUUUUGCCAGAUGGAUGCUGCUUCCAGGAAGCUGCUGAAGAUCAGUGGGACAUCCUCCCUGAGGAGCUGAUCCUGGGGGAGGAGAUAGGCAGCGGGCAGUUUGGGCUUGUACUGGAGGGGAGGUGGAGGGAGACGAAGGUGGCGGUGAAGAUGGUGCGAGAAGAGUGCAUGACCGAUGACGAGUUCAAAGAGGAGGCAAAAGUUAUGAUGAAGUUGUCUCACUGUAAACUGGUGCAGCUCUUUGGAGUGUGCGCACAGCGCUCUCCCAUGUGUCUGGUGUUUGAGUACAUGGAGAAAGGGUGUCUGACAGAUUACCUGCUGGAGAAGAGAGGCCACUUGUCUCAGGAAACGCUGCUGGGAAUGUGUCUGGAUGUCAGCGAAGGGAUGGCGUACCUGGAAAGCUCCAAUUUUAUCCACAGGGAUCUGGCAGCUCGGAAUUGCCUCAUCUCAAAGAAUAACGAGGUAAAGGUGUCAGACUUUGGCAUGACCAGGUACGUUCUUGAUGACCAAUACACAAGCUCCCUGUGCUCCAAGUUUCCUGUGAAGUGGUCAGCCCCAGAGGUGAUCAAAUAUUCCAAGUUCAGCAGCAAGUCUGACGUCUGGUCAUUUGGUGUGCUUAUGUGGGAGGUGUACAACGAGGGCCGUCUUCCGUACGAUAACCGUUCAAACUCAGAAGUGGUGGAGUCGCUGAACGCAGGCCUGAGGCUCCUAAAACCUCGCCUGGCCUCGGACGCAGUCUACAUGCUGAUGGAUUGGUGCUGGAAGGAGAAACCCGAUGACCGUCCAUCUUUCGCUCUCCUCUUGCAUGAACUGUCCGAGCUUUCUGGCAUGUAAACCAAUGAGAGCUUUUAUUUAUUUAUUUAUUUAUUGAUUCCUUAUUAAACAGCCAACAUUUUGUCAAUGUAUAAGGGUUUACUAAUUGUGUGGAUUUUGCACUUUACUUGUUUUAUUAUGCAGUAAACUAUAAAUAAGGUGAUCCACACAGUGUGAAAGCUACUAUGGCACUGUACAUAUUUCAGCAUUUCACCAUAUUUCAGUUAUUUCAUAACACUUUGUUCAUUAAAAUGAUGUUUUUUAGUUAAUUUGAUUAUUUUUUAGGUUCCUCCACUUGCCAACAUUGAGCUUUUUUGUAAACAUAGAUUACUCCAAAAAACAAAUUUUUCAGUUUUUACAUGACGUUUUUGCUGACAUGACAAACAGCCCUACAAUGGACUAGCAAACUGUACAUCGCCUUUGAUUAAAGGAACUGGGUAGGCUUUAGCAUCCUCAUGACCCUACACAGGAAUCAGAUUAGAUUUAUAUGAGCAGACUUCAAAAUGCUUGUAAAUGUUUGUUUUUUGGCUUUUUUUUUUUGGAUAAAAAACAACCUGAGCUGCUAUUUGUCUUCACGUCAGUUCACCACA